AUGUUCAGCAAUUUUAGUCGUGAUAACUUGCGCAAUGACAUUGCUGUGUUGGAGCUGGGAGAAGUGGUGCGUUUCAACGAUUACAUACUACCCGCUUGUCUCAAUGUGGAUCCAGUGAUGUCUAGUUGGAACGGAACAGCGAUAGGAUGGGGCAUGAUAGAAAACGAUGAACUGUCUCCUGAGCUUAGGCAAGCGGAACUACCGAUGAUCGAUCCGGUGAACUGUUUGAUCAGUGAUCGUGACUACUUUGGACACACCAUUGAUCAUGGCAUGUUUUGCGCUGGUCAUCAGAACGGAACAACGGUCUGCAACGGGGACAGUGGAGGUGGAUUGUUUGUCAAACGAGAGGACAGGUGGUAUCUAUCCGGAAUUGUAUCGUUCAUAAAAAAGAGACCGGAUCACACGAAUUUCUGUUCAACUGACAGCUACGCAGGUUUUACAGACGUUUCAAAAUACAUAUCCUGGAUAAAAAAUGAAACCAACAUUCAGGUGCAGGCGAAAUCAAAACUGGUCACAUCAAAUCGUGGAGGUUCAAAUCGAAAAAUUAUGGUUCCAUCCGGUGUUCCUCAAGGCAGCCAUCUGGGUCCACUUUUGUUCAACUUCUUCGUGAACGACCUUUGUGAACUUAUCGAUUCCGAAAUAGUAUUCUAUGCAGACAUUCUCGAUAUGUAG